GUACAAACUUAAAGAUAAGGACCAAGUUAGAAGCUGAUAUUGAUGAUUCUAGAGCUUCCAAAAGGAUGAAGAGUGAGGAAUUACGCUUCGAUGAUGAAAAUUGGGCUUCUGAUAGUGGCAGGACUUCCUCAAAAGCAGGUCAUGGAUCGACCAGUUUGUCAAAUAAGGAUUUGAGGGGUGAAGCAAAGAAGAGUCUAGUCUCCGAUAUGAAUGCAGAAAUGCACGUUCCAGGUACAUCAGACAAUGGUUUGCUCAUUUCUGGAAAAUGUGAUGAUAAGGAAUCUGUUAAGAAGAGGAAACCAAAGGAACAUCUAGAGUCUGGUGAUUUUGUGGAAGAAAUGUGUGAAAGUAACCACCGGAAAGAAAAGAAAGCUAGAGUUUCCAUGUCUGGGGGAAAGGAUACCAAUGGAAGCAAAGCGAGUGUAGAUACUGACAGGAAGAGUAGGGGCAAAAAGGACCAAAAUAACGGGCAGUACCCGAGCAACACCCAUGCACCAGAUUAUUUGAAAAGUGAUAUAGGUGCUGUACAUCCUUCCCUUGCUGCCAAUUCAAGCUCUUCCAAGGUAUCUGGCUCAUAUAAAGACAAAACUAAUGGGCAAGAAGUUAAAGGUUCCCCAGUUGAAUCAGUUUCUUCAUCUCCCUCGAGAUUUGAUAAGGUCACAUCAAGUAGAAAGAAACUUACCGGAAAAGACGAUUUCCACGAUUGUGGCUAUGUAACUGGCGUUACUCCAAGAAAGCUUUCAGGUGGUGCAGAUGGAGGGGAUGACCGAACUAGAACGGAGCAUGACAAUGGGAAAUUACCCAAGAAAAGCAACCACACAGAAGUUUAUGGGAAUGGAAAGUCGCACUCACUUCCACCCUUAUCGAGGAAUCAGACCGAGGCUGUUGUGAGUCUCCAACAUGUAUCUGGAUCUCAGAAAGAAAAUGGUGUAAAAGGUUUGGCAGCUGAUUCGUUGGAGAAUGGUGACACACUAAAGCCACCAAAUCAGAGAAAGAAAGCUGAAAACUCGAAUGGUCAACCUAUAAGGCAUCCUACUCCUAAUACUCAUAAGAUUCGGGAUGUUGAAGCUCCAAGCCCCGUUCGAAGGGAUUCGUCCAGUCAUGCUGCUAAUAAUGCUUUAAAAGAGGCAAAGGACCUUAAACACCUGGCUGAUCGUCUUAAGAAUUCUGGAUCCACCGAGAGUAAUGGUUUUUAUUUCCAAGCUGCCCUAAAAUUUCUGCAUGGAGCGUCUUUGUUGGAAUCUGGAAGCAGUGAAGCCACAAAGCAUAAUGACUUGAUGCACUCAAUGCAUAUAUAUAGUAGCACCGCAAAACUCUGCGAGUAAGUUUAUCACCAUCUAUAUUCCUCCUGUACCAUGCAUGUUUGGUAUGCUUUUAUG